UAAGGUAUUUUUCAUAAUAACAUUCUAAUCCAUUGAUUCAGAUCGUAGUUCCAGUCAUAAUAAUGUCGAUCUUAAAACAUUUGCUACGAAUCAAUUCAAUAAGUAAUCGUGGAAAUCUACUAAGCACUUCAAUUGCAAAUAAUAUAAAAUCUAUGAAUAGAGAAAUAAAUAAAUUACAAUUAAAAAGAAGAGACGGCAGUAUUGUGAGGUUAGGUAUUCAGUACCUAUCAAUUGAUCUAAUGGAUUUAUUUUUGGAUCUUAAAAUGAAUUAUUUCGUGAAGGAAGAAAUUGGUCACAGAAUUGCGGGUAUUAGUGAAUACCCAGAAGCUGUAAAGGAGUACAGAGAAAUUUUAACAAAUAUGUUCAAGCAUCCGUCUUACAUUACAAGAAUUUACACAAUCGAUGAUGAAUUUAAUUCUAAAACGAAAAUAGUCGCUGCCUCUAUGAUGAAAUUAAUUAAGUCAAACGAAGACUCGGAUGAUAAUAUACACGCAAAUACAAAAGCAUUAAGGAGAUAUAUCGAUAUUUUAUCCACAUAUAAUAAAUUGUUUAGCAUCGAAGAUAUCAUGUCGAUGUACAAUGUGGAUUGUUACUACGAGGAUCUGGGGAUGAUAGUUCAUCCGGAAUAUAGAACGCUUGGAAUUUGUCACUUUGAAGAGGAAGCCAGACGACUGAUGUGCAAAAUACAUAAAAUACGACUGACAGGAGCUUGGUGUACUACGCGUGCAUCUCAGAAAAUAUGCGAGGAAAGAAACUGGGACACUGCCUUUGAGAUAUCUUAUAAAAAACUGGGAUCUCUUCUAGGUGUAAACAUUAAAGAUGCCCCCGCAAUGUGCAAAUAUAUGGCUAUAAAAAUCACUGUUUACAUGGGGAUGUCUACUCACGAGUUUACCCUAGCCUAUGGUUUCUCGCAACUGGUUCAUCCUACUACGAGAUUACCAAAUAUCGAGGACCAUACAAGCUAUUUACUGGACCUUCUGCUGAUUACACUUCCGGACAGAUACUCCAUCACAGUGGAAGCACAGUUUGGCUUACUUUGUAAUAUAGCAUUUGUCAUAUACAGUACCAUGUUGGCGCUCAGAUGUUUAACACAAUUUAUCAUUAAAACUAAUAAAAGAUUACAAAAUGCAUAUGUUUCUAAUUUAAUAUCCACACCUAAUCAAACAUAUGAAAAGGUGGACUUAAAAAAUAAUAAAGACGGAAGUAUCAUAAAGUUACGUAUUCAGGAUUUGUCUGAAGAUAUAUUCGAGGAGCUUUUGGAUUUUACCAUGAAUUACUUCAUAAAGGAGGAAACUACGCAUAAAAUUGCAGGUAUCAGUAAAGAUCCAGAAGCUGUAAAGGAGUUCAGAAAAAUUGUAUCAGAGAUAUAUAUGAAUCCGUCCUGUAUUAAAAGAAUUUACGUGACUGAUGACGAAGUUGAUUCUAACAGGAAAAUUGUCGCUUCAUCUGUGGUAAAAUUGAUUACGUCAAAUGAAGAUAUAAAUGAUAUUUUUCAUCCGAGAACAUAUGCAGUAAGGAGAUAUAGGGAUAUUUUAUCUAUAUAUAACAAAUUGUUUAGUGUCGAGGAUAUUAUGAAGAAGUACAAUGUGGACCGUUAUUAUGAAGACAUGGGUAUGGCGGUUCAUCCCGAUUACAGAACACUUGGAAUGUUUUACUAUGAAAUAGAAACCAGAUUUUGGAUGUGCAAGAAAAAUAAAAUACCCUUAACAGGAGCUUGGUGUACUACGUAUAUGGCUCAAAAAGUAUGCGCGAAGAAAAACUGGCAUACUAGCUUUGAGAUCUCCCGUAAAGAGCUGGAAUCCCAUCUCGGUGUCAACAUCCAGAGUUCUCUUCCCACGUGGAAAUACAUGGCUAUUAAAAUAGAAUGAUAUACAAAAUAGAAAUUUUAUUUCAUUUUUGUAAAAAACUUGCAUCCAUAUCAGUUUUAGUAUUUUUAUAAAAUUUUAUGUAUGUACGUGCAAUAAAUAUUAGUAAACAAA